AUGUCGCUCUUCGGUAGCAACCAGGCAUCAGCAGCUUCCUCGUCGAAUCCAACCCAGGGCGAUCUAUCCAAAGACAUCGCAGUCACCAGCCCGCCAGAGGACAGCAUAUCCGCCAUCCGAUUCAGCCCUGUCGCAGACUACCUCGCCGUGGCAAGCUGGGACAAGAAGGUGCGGAUAUAUGAAGUGGAUCAAAAUGGAAAUACCCAAGGGAAGGCAUUGUUCGAUCACGAAGGACCGGUCUUGAGCUGUUGCUGGAGCAGUGACGGACAGAAAGUGUUUGGCGGUGGCGCAGAUAAAGCAGCCCGCAUGCUGGACCUCGGUGCCGGCGCAUCACAAGCCCAGCAAGUCGCUGCCCACGACCAACCCAUCCGCUGUGUCGACGCCAUCACCGUGCAGAAUUCGCCCAUGCUCAUCACCGGCUCCUGGGACAAGAUGGUGAAGUACUGGGAUCUACGGCAGCAACAGCCAGUCGCAAGCCUGGAGUGCAAGGACCGUGUGUAUAGCAUGGACGUGCGGGGGAACGAGAUGCUCGUCAUCGGCACCGCAGAGCGCUGGAUUCACAUCGUCGACCUCAAGAACCCCACCGCCUUCUUCAAGACCAUUCAAUCACCGCUCAAAUGGCAGACGAGAGUGGUGAGUACCUUCACCGACGGCUCCGGCUUCGCAGUCGGCAGCAUCGAGGGCCGCUGCGCCAUCCAAUACGUCGACGACAAGGACCAAAGCAACAAUUUCAGCUUCAAAUGCCAUCGACAGACUCCCCCUUCCACAACAGGUACGACAACAACCAGCGCAAACGCCCCUAGUAACGUCUACGCGGUCAACGCCAUCUCCUUCCAUCCGCAGCACGGCACGUUCAGCACUGCAGGCUCGGAUGGCACAUUUCACUUCUGGGACAAGGACGCCAAACAUCGCUUGAAGGGCUACCCUGAAGUAGGCGGAAGCUUGACCGCUACCGAUUUCAACCGAACGGGCAACAUUUUCGCGUACGCUGUCAGCUAUGACUGGAGCAAAGGCUAUUCCUUCAACAACCCGCAGUACCCGACCAAGAUCAUGCUCCAUCCCGUCCAAGGGGACGAAUGCAAGCCCCGGCCCAAGAAUCAAAAGAGAUGA